AUGAGCCAACCCCAGCUAACGCUCCCGUCCGUCCUCCCUUCUGCUCCUGCUCUCCAGGAUGUCACGACAACCCCACAGCAGUUGCAGUCAGGCCUGGCAAGGGUGACUAAUCCGCAGGAAACGCCGAUAUUCAUCUGUGCGUUUGAAAAUUGCAACAGGCUGUUCCAGUCUCGCGACCGCCUGAUGGCGCACCGCAAGCGCGACCAUGAUUCUGAGGACCAGACCGAUGUGAUUACUUGGAACGAAUGA